UCCGGAAGUAAUACUCCUCCAUUUGUUAACGAUAGUACGACUCGGUUUUCAUAAAAAGACAAACCAUGCCGCCUGGGCCUGUUCAGAUCAUUCAGCCGGAGUCCAACAAGCAGAAUGACGUCGCUGCAGAAGAAACCCCUGCUACAAAACCCAUUAUUGGGAUCAUAUAUCCACCUCCCGAGGUCCGAAAUAUUGUUGAUAAGACAGCCAGCUUUGUUGCCAGAAAUGGACCUGAGUUUGAAGCAAGAAUCCGUCAGAAUGAGAUCAACAAUCCUAAAUUUAAUUUCCUCAACCCCAAUGAUCCGUAUCAUGCGUAUUAUCGUCACAAGGUCAAUGAAUUUAAAGAGGGCAAAGCACAAGAACCAUCUGCAGCUGUACCUAAGGUCAUGCAGCAGCAAGCUCUGCAGCAGUCCCAGCAGCUUCCACAAAAAGUGCAGUCACAGAUGAUACAGGAGACAGUGAUUCCCAAAGAACCACCCCCUGAGUUUGAGUUCAUUGCAGAUCCUCCAUCAAUCUCAGCAUUUGAUUUGGAUGUUGUCAAGCUCACUGCUCAGUUUGUGGCUCGCAAUGGACGUCAGUUUCUCACUCAGCUUAUGCAGAAAGAACAGAGGAACUACCAGUUUGACUUUUUGCGGCCACAACACAGCCUCUUCAACUACUUCACCAAACUGGUUGAGCAGUACACAAAGAUACUGAUCCCUCCUAAAGGUCUACUCAUCAAACUCAAGAAAGAGGCAGAGAACCCAAAAGAGGUCAUGGACCAGGUGAGAUACCGCGUGGAGUGGGCAAAGUAUCAGGAGCGUGAGAGGAGAAAGGAGGAGGAGGAAAGGGAGAAAGAACGUGUAGCAUAUGCCCAGAUCGACUGGCAUGACUUUGUAGUGGUCGAGACUGUGGAUUUCCAGCCCAAUGAACAAGGCCACUUCCCACCGCCUACUACUCCAGAAGAGCUGGGUGCUCGCAUCUUGAUCCAAGAGCGUUAUGAGAAGUUUGGAGAAAGUGAGGAAGUGGAGAUGGAGGUUGAAAGCGAAGAUGAAGAAGAUGAACGUCCGGAUCGAGCUGAAGGCCAGCCAUCUCAACCUGAUCAAGACACUCAAGUGCAGGACAUGGAUGAGGGAUCUGAUGAUGAAGAGGAAAGUGUGAAAGCUCCACCUCCACCAGAGAACCCCAUGCCACCUCCCUUGCCUCCAACUCCAGACCAGGUUAUCAUCCGCAAGGAUUACGAUCCCAAAGCCUCCAAGCCUCAGCCUUCAGCUGCACCUACUGAUGAGUACCUUGUUUCACCAAUUACCGGUGAGAAGAUUCUGGCCAGCAAGAUGCAAGAGCACAUGCGUAUUGGUCUGCUGGAUCCUCGCUGGCUGGAGCAAAGAGACCGAAGCAUCAGAGAAAGGCAGACAGAAGAUGAGGUCUAUGCUCCUGGUUUGGAUAUUGAGAGCAGCUUGAAACAACUUGCUGAGAGGCGUACCGAUAUCUUUGGUGUAGAGGAGACGGCCAUCGGUAAGAAGAUUGGGGAAGAGGAAAUUCAAAAGCCAGAAGAGAAGGUUACCUGGGACGGCCACUCUGGAAGCAUGGCUCGUACGCAGCAGGCAGCACAGGCCAACAUCACUCUGCAGGAGCAGAUCGAGGCCAUUCACAAGGCCAAAGGACUAGUGGGAGAGGACGACACUAAGGAGAAAAUUGGCCCAAGCAAACCGAGUGAAAUUCAUCAGCCACCUCCCAUUCCCUCUGCUGCACCAAGUAUACCUAAACCUACUCCACCGAUCACAACAAUGCCACGCCCACCAAUCGCUGUGGUGCCUCCUCCAGUGCGUACCACUCUCUUGUCAGCUGUUCCUGUAAUUCCAAGGCCCCCUGUGGCUCCCGUGGUACGUCUUGCGCCAGGCCAAGUUCUUACAUCGAUGCCUCCCAUGAUUCCUGCUCCCCGUGUCAACGUGGUGCCCAUGCCACCAGCACCCCACCUCAUGGCCCCCAGACCACCUCCCAUGGUUGUUCCAGCUGCCUUUGUCCCUGCUCCUCCAAUGCCACAGCCACCACCCUCUGCUCCAGCACCACCUGUCCACCCACCCCCACCUCACGAGGAUGAGCCCAUGAGCAAGAAGAUGAAGACUGAAGACAACCUCAUCCCAGAGGAAGAAUUCCUGCGGAGAAAUAAGGGUCCUGUGGCAGUCAAAGUACAAGUCCCCAACAUGCAGGACAAGUCGGAAUGGAAGCUAAAUGGCCAAGUGCUGAACUUCACCGUCCCACUUUCAGACCAGGUUUCUGUUAUUAAAGUCAAAAUCCACGAAGCUACUGGCAUGCCAGCUGGAAAACAGAAGUUGCAGUAUGAGGGCAUUUUCAUCAAAGAUUCCAACUCCCUGGCUUAUUACAACAUGAUCAACGGUUCGAUCAUUCACUUGGCUCUGAAGGAGAGAGGUGGAAGGAAGAAGUGAGCCGCUCU